UUGUGAGUGUGUUUGAAACACACAUUCACUCGGUGUGACUUCGUCGAACGUUGUACGCUCAAUGUGCUGGAGUGUUGUUAAACAAGACUUCAUUCAGAAGAUUCUUACAACGACAUCUGUAUAGAGCGGGGAUAUAUUCUCGACUCGACUUUUGUUUUUUUGGGGUAAUUGUUAAGAAGACUUCCAGGGAAAAAUUAAACUAUGUCCGCCGGCUUUCGUAUACGAAAGAAAUAUGGAAUAAUAUUUCUAUUUAAAAUAUCCACAUGUCCUUAAAUGCACGUGCUCAAAGCGCACCCAACUUGUUUACAGGCGAUAAUUAGUUAUCAUGGUAGAUACUCAGCAUUUUUGUUUACGUUGGAACAAUUAUCAAAGCAGUAUAACUUCGGCAUUCGAGAAUUUACGCGAUGACGAAGAUUUUGUGGAUGUUACAUUAGCUUGCGAUGGUAAAAGUUUAAAGGCACAUCGAGUUGUACUUUCAGCGUGCAGUCCAUAUUUCAGAGAACUUCUAAAGAGCACACCAUGCAAACAUCCAGUAAUAGUGCUUCAAGAUGUGGCAUUUACUGACCUCCAUGCAUUGGUUGAAUUCAUAUAUCACGGUGAAGUAAACGUACAUCAACGAUCGUUAAGUUCGUUUCUAAAAACAGCUGAAGUAUUACGAGUCAGUGGCCUAACGCAGCAACAUGGAGAAGAACGUGGUGAUAUUGCCGCUCAAGUACAACAACAAACAAAUAACAACAGAGGUGGAACACCUCAAAAUCAUCAUUCACCGCCAUUACAUCAUCCGGAUGAUAUACCAUCACCAGAGAGUAAUGGACAUCCACCACGUCGAUCAUCAAAUAGUAGAAGAGAACGACGUAAUUCAUUGGAACAACAAAUCACUGAAUCGGAACAAAAACGACCACGUCAGGAUAUUAAUCUUAAUAAUAAUUCACCACCGGAACAGUUGACACCCACUGAUUUUUCACCAUCGGCAAUGAAACAUGCUGCUGCAUUAGCUGCUUUACAUAAUUCGGAAAGUAUUGGACAUGGAAAUGGUUUAGAUAGUGCACCACAUUCACCACAUAUUACUGCAGGACUACCACCACGGCCUACGAAUCAUGAUGACGAUGUAAAAAACGAACCAAUGGAUGCAUCAUUAGAUAUAGACAAUAACAGUAUGGACUCAAAUAGUGGAACAGAUAAAAAAGGACCCCCAUCAAAUUGCUCAGUUGGUGAUCAUGAUGAACACGAUUUACGAAUACAUCCUGCAUUUCUAACUGCAAGUGAUAGUAAACUUUUUGCGACUGCUGCUGGUACUUUUAAUUUUAGUAUGGCUGCAUUAACAGGCGAUCCUACAGGUUUAGCAGGAUUGGGCAGUCCUAGUUUACAAAGCACAGCUGAAAGCCUCGCAGGAACUUCACAAGGUAUGCUGAGUAUGUUACAUGGAAACAGUGCAGCAGUAGCCGCAGCGGCUGCAUUGAAAAAACUCUUCACAUGUAUGCGUUGUGGUAAAGUGUUGUGUUCGAAAGCAUCGCUAAAACGACAUAUUGCUGAUAAACAUGCUGAACGACACGAGGAAUAUCGUUGUGUAAUUUGUGAGAGAGUGUAUUGUUCAAGAAAUUCAUUAAUGACACACAUCUAUACAUAUCACAAGUCCCGACCUGGAGAUAUCGACAUAAAAUUUUUUUAGAAAUUGCUUAGUUGUUUAGUACAGGAAGGUUCAGGAGGCGGUACACCGUAUCGAAUGCCACCACCAACAAGUGGAGGAAUAAAUGAACCCCAAGAGUGCCCUUACUGUCGUCGUACCUUUUCCUGUUAUUAUUCAUUAAAACGC